AUGUCUGACGGCGAAGAAACAUACGGUGACGAUGAUUACGUGGGAAAUGAAGAUGAAAUGUACUUGGAUCGAAUCUCUCAUGAUAUUGACGAAAGUGCUUCAAAUACACAGGAAGAGGACAAUCAUUAUGAGGACGAGGUUGAUCUGGACGGAGAUUUAUCAGGAGUUAUAGGGAUGGAGGGUACCCAGGAUGUUGAUGGUAUAGGAAGAGGUGGACUGGGUGGUGAAGGAGACACGAUAGUGCAAAUUUUGACGAAUGGGGUGGAGAGUAUAAAUGAGAAUAAAAUCCAAGCUAUGCCUGAGAAGCCAAGAGAAAAAGUAACAACGCCUUAUAUGACUAAAUAUGAAAGGGCAAGAAUUUUGGGUACUCGAGCUUUACAAAUCAGCAUGAAUGCGCCAAUUCUGAUAGAUCGUGGUAACGAGACAGAUCCUUUAGCCAUAGCAAGAAAGGAACUCCGCGAAAAAAAAAUCCCUCUUAUGGUGCGAAGGUACCUUCCAGAUGGCAGCUACGAGGACUGGCACGUCAAAGAUCUAAUCGCCGGAUAUGACGAGCCGACUGAAGAAAAACUUGGACGUCGUGGAUUGAAAAUAAGGACCAGCUAUAAAUUCCGGUUAAAUCACUCAAAAUCACAAAGAAAACCAUACUCAUCGUAUCGCAGCUUGGAAAGCCAGUCAUCUCCAGCUAAACGUAGCACAUGCAUACUAUGA